CCUCAGUGCGCUGCCCCGGGUCCGCCAGGGGUCCCCUGGGUGAUGGGGUGUGCAGUGUGCUGCCCCCCUGAGUCUGAGGCGGCUCCGUGGUGGUUCUGGUCUCUUGCACAGAAAGGAAAACUUCAUGGUUUUCCUCACGGUCAGUCUUCUUGUUAGUGCUUUCAGCGAGGUGUCUUGUCUUGUGGCUUCUUUCUCUCGAUUCCUUCUGGAGUAUAUAACCUGUGGAUAGCCAGUGAACCAUGUGAGCGAAAGUAGCAGUGAAUAGCCAAUGAACUGUAGCGCGUGUGCGAGUGAAAACAGCAGUUACUGUGGAGAUGCAGGUAUGUGAAAAACCCAUUAUUACACACAUAUAUUUUUAAUUAUGGUUACCUACUGGUUUUACAAGAAUGGAGAUUAAGCUAGAUGUUCUCAUCUCUACAUCUAUCAAACAAAGAAAACCAUGGACUCGCAUCUCCUGGAUUGGACAGGAAAAAGAGUCUGUCUUUCUUCUAGAUGAUAAACAUAUAAAUGAAAUUAACUUGCCAUCGGGGAAGACAAAGAAAAAAAUCCCUCAGCUGCAAUCACUGUUAAAAAAUGUAGUUGUCUUGACAACAUCAGGAAAUGGUGCUUGGUUGGCAGGAAUACUUACAACAGGAGAGCUAUUUCUUUGGAAUAAAGAUAAGGACCGCUUGAAAAUCAUUCCAGCAAUCGAAGAGUCUAGGAAGGUUGUUGCAGCAGCACAAGAGUGUUUGAUGAGAUUGUACUUGUAUGUGUCCGGAGAUGGCAGAAAGGCACUGUUAACUACUCCUACAGCAUGUGUCUUUCUGUGGGAGAGCACAGAACAUGAAAAUGAACCGUCCCAUAAAAGUUCUUCUGGACAUUGGACACAAAUUUUGCCUGAUGAAUCAGUGAUGUUACCUUCUACUGAAGAAAAAGAAAUUGGAGUACAUGCUGCUUUUAUACAAAAUGAGAUACUGGGUGAUUGUUGUUUGUGCUCGUUUGUGUUUUACUCUGAAGAGUGUUUGGUACUCACAUUUUUGAUUCUGCGAUGGCAUGAAUAUAGCUUUAAAUAUGUUAGUUCUUUGCCAUACCAGAUCCACUGGGUACAGCAGACUUGUUCUCUUGUUAAUUUGAAUCCUCAGUGUGUAUCUGUAAAGUCAAGAGGAGCUUUGCUAUCUGCAUUUGCAAGAGAUGGACUGUUACUUGCAGUAGCUGUUAACCAAAAUGAUCCAAAGGCAACUCAGAUUUUGUUUUUAAACACCCUGAAUUUUGUAACUGUUUCGGGUAGCCUUAAAGGUUGUAGUAGCAAGAGUGGCACCGUCCCAUCCAAGUUUAUUAGAUCCUACUGGGUUGGUGAUAUGAGCUGGACUGCUGAUAGCCUUUUCUUGGCUUGCAUGUUAAAACGUGGGUCUUUGAUUUUAUUGACUUGUAUGGGUGAAUUGCUGACCUUGAUUACUUCUGGCUGCUCUGUAGAAUUUGGACCAGCAGAAUUUAUUCCGUUUCAUCCACUAAUAACAUACAGACAGCACCACUCAUUGUGUCAAGACUCUAGUCAGACUCUUGGUUCUUCAGCCUCUGAAAGUGACCUUAUGAGACAGAGAUUUUCUGUUGCUUCACACUCAAGAUUACCCUACCUCAUUGUCUCUGAUGGAUACAUGAUAACAGUGCUAAGACUUCCUAACAAUCUUUCACCAGCAGGAUUUUUAAGAUCCCUUUUGCUUGAUUCAACACAACGGCUGGAAAAUGUCCGAAGGAAUUUAGUGAACUCCAAGUCUAAAGAGAGACAUCUACAUAUUCGAUCACUGUUGUCGUUAAAAGCUACCCUUUUAAAACACAUUCAAAAUCACAACUCCAUCAAUCCCAACAUUCCAAAAUUUCUGGAAGAGGACAAAACGGAAAUCAGUGAGAAAACCAUGGACUUACUGGAUUAUGAAGAAGAAUCAGACGAUGAAAAACAUUUUCAUAAUAGCUCUUCCAGCUACGUUAGCCAAAGAAUCCCCUCAUUUGUUGGUAAAGCUGAUCAAGGCCACUUAGAAUUUGCAUCAAUGUUUGAUACUAUUCAUGCAAAAGAGAAUGCUGAAGAGAAAGAUAACUUACCAGUGGAACUGCAUUCCAUACAGAAAAAUCUCCUUGCUGCUUGGCGGAUAGGGGUUUCAAAAAAUAUGCAAGAGAAGGAUACUUUCCUAAAUUAUACAGUAAGCUGCAUUACCCAUUUUUUCAACAUUCUUCAGUUUGUGAAAUGUUCCCUGCUAAAUCAGGAUGCACUUUUAUGCAAGUCCAUGAAGAAUACUCACUGGAUUCAUUGUGUUUUAAAAUAUUUUCAGCAGUACUUAACUGUCUUGCAGUGGCAUUCAAAAGCCAGUCUUACUGGGCAUGUGACAAAGCUGACACUGCAAACUUUAAAGUUGAUGCUCGUUCAGCAGCAAGAUCCAUUGUUCUCCAAAAACCUUUUUGCAUGCUUCUGUCUUUUGAAGAUGGUUUCUCACACUCUAAGUAGCAUAUGCAUACCACAGUAUGAGAAUUUUUUUGCAUCUCCUGGUGUUCAUAGUCUUGUGGAGCUUGACUCACUUGUUGUGCCUAUUUUCCUACUUCUUGAUGACAACGCGACUCAGAAAUUCAGCUCACUGAAAUCUCUGCUUAGAGAGCCUCCUCGAGCAGUAAACUAUGAUGAAAAGACAGAAAAAAGAUUGGUUGUACUAUGGCGACUAUUGUAUAACAAAGUGGUGUGGUAUCAGGUGCAGCUGAACAGAAGAGCAUACAAGAAUGCAGAAGAGGAGUCUGUUGUCUCAUUGCUCUUAAAUCAUAUACAAGCAACUCUCCAGUCUUCAGGAGUGGCCUUAGAACAACAUUUGAAGAUUAAUUCAGUAGCUGGUGAGGAGAAGUUCCUUUUAGGCUCAUACAGAGAAUCUGUGGAUGUUUGGAAAAGAUCUCUUUGUGAAAUCAAGGCAAAGGGAGGAAAAAGAGCAUGCUUUCUUCAGACUAGAUACUACCUUGCUAUACUGUUCUGCCAUCUGUAUCACUAUAACUUGUGUGAGGCUCAGGGACUCUGUGAUCAUCUAGUACAAGAAAUUCUGAGGCGAUCACAGGUCUCAAUGAAGCAGAUGGAAAAAUUUUCUGACACUAAGUAUUCUCAGCAUGAACUGUGGAUGAUAACUGAUGUUCAUACUGAAGCUGCUAUGGCUGUGAUUCGAUCCAUGGCACGAUUCAUGGCUGCUUAUUUCACAAAUCAGCUGCUCUAUAUCUUUCCACCCCACAAUGUUGACAUCCUACAUCCACUCCACAUUGAACCAGAUAUAUCCCCCCGUAUUAUUCCACUGCAACAUUGUCUGGUUACCAGAGCUAUCAGGGACCAGAACCUUUCAUCUGUGUGGACAGCUGAAUAUGCUCUUGACUUGUUCUUUGUUGGUGGACUCAUGCCAGAGGCUGUGUGGUUGACACACAGACUGGGUAACUGGAAACUGUCUGUGUCAAUUGGUGUUGCCUACCAUCUGUAUUGUCAGAACUCUAAUGAAUUCUCAAGACUGAAAAACACCGAGCAUCAUCUGCCAUUAAGCAUAUCACCAGUGCAGACUUUUAAGGAAAAGUUACAGUCUUUGUUAGGACAACCAGUAACUUCUGAAACAUCAACUGAAGGAGAUGUUAAAUACAAGCAGUUUACAGAUCCCAUUGAAGAGGAAGAUGUAAAUGUUCUUUGCAGUUCAGUACAGGAUCUACUGAAAGCUGCUGUUAUGGCAGAUGCUGAUAUUCUCUCAGAGAUGUUUAAGCUUUUGAUGGAUUCUGCCAAGGAUCUUAGCGGAAAAUUAUAUGGUUUAGUUCCAAGUGGGCUUUAUCUUCCUGCACCACCAUUAUACUGUCCUCAGCCAGCUUCUCUCAGUGAAGAAGACUGCAAUGACAUUAUUUUAAAAACUGAGAGAGAAAAUCGUGAGAAAGUAUCAGGAAUUCUUCAGCGAAUUAUCUUACUCUUCCAAGCUGCUCAUUGUUCCUGCCCUGCAGCACAGUGGUAUAUUUCACAACUGAAAUGGGCAAGAAAAAUUAUGCAAAAAAUUCGAAUGAAAGGAUGUCUUCCUUCAAUGAAUCCAUUCCCAGAGACUCUGCUUCAUUACUGCAAUUUCCGUACUGUUUUCUGUAGCUCUACAUCUUCUAGAGACCAUCAACUUGAUGAUAUUUCCUGUAAAAUUUUAGGUUGGUUCAGAGAGCUAUGUGCACUGUGUUGGAUGUUACAUGUUCGUGAAAGAUUAUCUGAAAGCUGUAGGCGGUACCAAACUGCAAGGGAAAAUGCAAAUAUGCAUAAGGAUUUAAAGAAGAAUGAAUAUGGUACCUCCACAGUUGAUCAUUGUCUGAAUGCAGCGGAAUGGGCUUGCCGAAUGAUUCCCUUCUGCAGGUUCAUGAAUGUUGAAGAAAUAGUUCAAGAUGUCAUUUUGAGCCUGCUUGGAGAACUGCCACCAGGCAAAAAGGUGGCAGAAAUUUUUGUAAAAGCAUUUCCUAAUCCUGAAGAUGUAAGGGUUCCACUAAGAGAUAAAUAUCAUGGUCUCCAGCAGCGACUCAGACAAUGUACUGUUAAAGGUCCUGAAAGUGAAGAAAUGAUGUCCGUUGUUAUACAGGCUGCGGAAAAAUCUAGAAUGAAGGCCUUGAGGCGUGUAAUAAGGAAUAUAGGCCCCAUAGAAGUUAAUAUUUGGGAGCCAACAGAAGAGGGAGCUAAUGAGGAAGUGGAACACUGUUACGACAGAUUCUCGUUAGGCACUAGUCUAAGCAGAAGCACACUUACUGAUCUUGGCAGUCCUCAGUUAUAUAGUGAUGCUGAAACAGCAGAUACACUGUCUGAUGCUUUGCUUACCGAAGAAAUGAGAGCUCAAACACCUUCACCACAAAGGGAUAAUGAACAUCAGGGACAAGGAGAUAUAGGGAGCAAAAAUACUACCUGCAAGACAAAAGCUCUUAACUGGAAAACAAAACAUAAGGAAAAAGUGCAUGGAAAAGGCACACAUAAUCAGUGUAAUUUACCUAUAGUUGGUGCAUGGGAGUUUGAACGUGAUGAUGAUGAAUAUGUUAUUUUCUUAGAGCUUUUUUUGAGUUAUAUUCUUGAGAGAGACCUUAUAAAGUAUUGUGACCUUGGAAUUCCAUUUCUUACUAGCUUUUCUGGACUUCUUCGAGAGCAUGAAUUAAACUCUCUCUUUUUUGAUGUUCAUACAACAUUAAAACGUCGACAAGUCAAAACUAGAAGCCAAAGUGUGUUUAGAGCAGGUUCUUGCUAUACUGUCACCCUGGCAUCUUGCAAUCCUGGAACAGCUACAGCUUCUGUCCAUAGUAUAAACAAAAAUGUUUUGAAAAAUCCAGCCAUUGUACAGUUCAUUGCACAGAAAAGAGAACCUUGUAUGCAUAACCUAGUCAAGGGGUUUAAAGAAGGAUUAUUUGGUUUGAAACACAAAUCAGUUUACAGAGCUCAGGGUGACAGUCAAGGAGUAACUGUUGCAUCAGCAAGCCAGAGCAUCCCUAAGCAUACUUUCUCAAGCUUACCAUCUUCGGCAACUUCUAAAUACAUUUACAAAACUCAUGUACUUGAUACUGUACCUGGAGAAGAACUAGCUAUAGAAUUCUUGGGUAAAUUUAACAAUAUUGCAAAACUGCUUGAGUGGUUGAUCAGAUGGUCUGAUAAGAAGCUGCCCUGUGAUUCCAAUCAACAAGAUUCCACAGACGAGAGUUUCCCUAUGAUACAUGUGAAAACAUCAGCGGCUGCCAUCCUUUCUUCUUUAUGGCUGAUUGAACAGUUGUACGGAGAUGGAUCACAAGCAAGGAAUACAACAUUUAAGAGUCCAACUAUUCAAUGUCUGGAAGAAUUUGCAUCUCUAUCAGAAGCCCAGCCUAGUACAGAGAAGGAAAGUAGUGUGGAUGAAGGCUCUUCUGUACUGGCUGAUCCUCCACUUGAUGUCCAGAAUGUACAAGCCUAUGAUGACCUUCAUGAAACCAGUUUGGGAAUGUCUACAGAAUCAAAACAUUUUGAUAAGAAGGAAAUUAAUUGUGGGAAUUAUUCUCUACCUCAUUUGACUGGAGAUCUUAAUGAAGUGGAGCCAUUUGUUCAGGAGGAGUUAGAUGUAACAUCAGAAAGUGAAGAGUUCUUUGAGGAGCCAUAUGAAACUCCAAAGAGCUCCAAUAGCUCUGUCAGGAUCAAAACUGGAAAGCACGUCUCCAUUUCAGAUGUAGAUAGUCUACAGGAAGAUCAAAAGGCGGAAAAAGCAAAAGAAGGAAAGGCUGAACCUAAUGUCACAACUGAGGUAGCUACUAGCACCAUUUCUAAAUCAUUCUCUUUAGAACAAGAUUCAGAAGUUCCUGGUAAUGUAGAGGUUUCUGUAAGUCAUAGUCAGCCUUCUCUGAUUGGUAUGUCAAGUGUAUCAAGUGUUGUCUCCAAUACUUCCAUGUGUGCAAAAAAACAAGACAUCAAGAAAGAACUUCCUACAGAAGAGAUACAAAACACAUCAGAAACUGUCAGGCAAAUGCUCCAAGAUGAAAUGUUUAAGUUAGUUCAGCUACAGCAAAUCAACUUCAUGAGUUUAAUGCAAAUAGUCCAGUCAUCCUGUGCGAACCUGCCAAAUUUGCAACAAAUUUUACAACAGCAUCAAUCUGUCCACCUGGAAGGAAGCCAGACUGUACACAGGGCAAAAGGCAAUGGCUCUGGAAGAUCUUCAUGUUCUCCUAAUGCUUUUUUGAAAACUGAACUGCCCACUCAAGAAGAUAAAGGAAAAUCUGAUCAAAAGAGCUCAGAUUUUCAACCAAGGAAUAGUUUAAAAGAUGAAAGCAACAAUGGCAACAUAAGAAAUCAUCUGGAUAUGUCUGUUUCUUUAAGCCGGCUAGAAAGCCACAGCAAAGAGACAGGAUUUAUGCCACCAUCUCAAGAUUUGCAUUCUUCAGCUCCUGUUAAACAAGUUCGUCUCCUAGCUCCUUCCUCAGAUGUUCAGAAAACACCUAGGCUUAUCCCUAUUGCAAAAACCCUGAAUUACUCAAACGGAUUUCCUUUGCUUAAACUUGAAUCAGGUUAUCAUUCCAAACCAGCAUUUUUAUAUCCACUAGAGAUGUCAUCAGCUUUUGGUAGACCACCCCAAACACCACGAGAAGCUUGGAAUUCAUCAGAUUCUUUAUGGAACCAUCAGUCAUCAUACACAUCAAGAAAGAACAAGUCAACAGCACAUUUAAGUAUGAGUAGAACUGACCCUGAGAUCCCAAGGCAAAUACAUGAGGAAGAGAAAAGGUGGGCAGAAACUGUGCAUAAGCUACCUCUCAAACACCUAAAUACAAAUCAGUAUGAAGAACAGCAAGACGUAUCAUGUCAGCAGCAGUUCUCUGGUAAUGUAAAAGUGGGGAAUAAUAAACUGAUCACCCAAAACCUGGCUGGUAUUCCACUAUUGCACUUGCAGCUUGACCCAGUACCUAGACUUCCACCAGUUAUAGGACAGCCAAUCACAACUGCUUCAAUACUUGUUAAACCUGUAACAAAGGAGACUGAGUGCAGAGAAACAUUCCAGCACACAGGAAUAUCACUGCUUCAUGCCAAUUUACUUCAAAAAAAUAAGGUGCCAAAACUCAUUCCACUUCAAGAUCUCAUUGCAUUUGAGCAAUGCCACCACCAUCAUACUUUGACCAGUACAUUCUAUGGACAGGGCCAAACUGAAUCUAUCCAGUUACUAAAAACUGAUAUUGAACCAUUUGAACCAAGAGAUGUGCAGAGCAGUAAAAAAAGACAAAAGAGGCGUGAUGAAAAACAAAUGAAAGAGGAAAAGAAGAAACCAACUGUGUCCUUCCAUCCAGAUGACUCCAUUAUCAGUAUUAAUGAUACAGUGAUGCUUGUUGAAUCGGAGACUGGGGAUCAAGAAGCAAAAUCUACCUCUCACCUUCAAGAUAACGUUUUCAUUUCAGUAGACAAACUGGAGGAAGUAAUUACUACUCCAGCAGAACUACAUUACACGGCUUCUACAAAAAAAAAGCCAGCAGAAACUCAAGAUGCAAGUACAAAUACUCAUCCAGUGCUCAAAACAUAUAAGGAUGUUGGAAUCAGUGCUGGAAUUGAGGUUUCUGAAGUUCGAAAAAUUGAGUCAACCAUGUCUGUUCCCAUGCCAGAAUCAUCUAGUGUCCCUGAGUUAUUACCACCAGACAUGUAUAUAAACCUGAGGUUCCCCAGUGAAGUGAAGGAGAAACCUUUACCAUCCUUUCUGCAUGAUGCAUCUGACUUGAGCGAACAUGAAUAUAUCAGUGUGAUCGACAUUGAAGACAGUGACAUCCUUAAUGAUUUACCCAUGAUACCUGAGUCAGGAGAAGAUGUAGGUACUACAGAGCAAAAUGAGAAGUUUGAAAUUCCAUCUACUGCAGAACUUCACCACAGGGCAGCUUCUGUUACUAAUGCAAUUCCACCUGAGCUGCUACAGGAGAAAGACAAUCAUCCCAAAGAUAUAUCAAGCCAAGUGCAAAAGGAAGAUAGACCGGUUUCUUCUAGAGACAGUGUAACUUGGAACAUAGUACAUGAGGAUGCCAGAACUUUUCCUUCUUCAGGGCUGCUGUAUAAAGUAGUUAACAAAGAACACUUUUCCACAAAGCAGCGAGAAAUGGAUAUGCAAUUACAGAUGCUGCAGAAUAUAACAGAAAAUAUGGAAGAGGAUUUCAGAAAUACCAAAAUGCUAGUGAAAAUAAUAGAAGAUUUUGAAAUGGCUGCCAAUUCAGACAUUAAUGCUCAUCCUUCAUUCUCUGAAGAUGCUAGCAUCAUUGGUGAUGAACAUUGCAUGAGGGCCAUGAUUUCUGAAGAUGGGGGUGUUGAAAAGGAGAGCCUAAGACCUGAACAUCCUAUACCCGAUUAUACUGCAUUGGAAUUGCACUCUUCUGCUUCUACAGCCUCUGCUUCUAACUUUCCCAGUGGCAUAAAGUCAUCUUCUGGCUUUCUCAUAGGCAGAGAACUACGUGAUGAUAGGAUUCAUGAUUCUGCUUCUGGACAUUCUAAAAAAACAGAAAAGGAGAAGAAAGAGAUACAAGCAUGGAUGAGAAGAAAACAAAAGGAAAGAAUGAGAGAAUAUGUGAAGAAACUUGAUGAACAAAGACAGAAAGAGCAUAAUCCAUUCCAUUUAAGAAAGAAUAUGCAUUGUAGUCCUACUUCAAAGGAUAUUAAAUUAUUCCAGAAGAAGAAGGAAGAAAAAGACAAAGUGCUGUUCUCUGAACAUCACAGUAUGAGAGUAUCACAAGCGCUUUCUCUGAUGAAUGAAAUGUUAUCUGAAACAGUGUUGUUACCUGCAAGUGAACACAGACCAUUGCCCAGGACAAGAUCUCCUCAAGAGUGUAAAAAAAGGCACAUGAUGUCUGCUAGAGGAGGGCAUCCAAAGACUCAUGGUCUUUCAGAAAGGAGCAGAGCUGCUGCCAAACCCAGCUUUGGCCAAAAAGAUCAUCAUUUUACCCCAACUCUUGGUUUAACAAAGCCUAAGGGACAUGGAAAUCUACUUUUACAGAGAAGUACAGUCAGAGGAAGAAUGAGAAAUACUGCAAACGGUCCUGUUAAUUCCAGACGCUCUGCUGAGUACGGAGUCAGCAGAACACCAAAACAAAAGCCUCCACAUGUUGCCAUAGCAGUUCAGACAGAAGGAACUGAUCAUGAUUCUGAUCGAGAUAUAGAAAGCCCUUGGACUGUGCCUGAUGACAUCCAAAGAAUACUUCAAGAUUCUCAUGACACUUUGUUUCCGGACUCUGCACGUCAUACUGUUAGUUUCUCUCCUGUUGGCGUUAACAACACCGAUGAUGUUUCUGAAAGCACAGAGAGUAUCCUCAGCAAACUGGACUGGAAUGCAAUUGAGGCUAUGGUAGCAGAUGUGGAAGACACAUGAACAAAAUUUCUCAGCCAUUGCACACUUUCAAAACAGUUGCUGGUGAUUUUGUUUUUUUAAUAAUCACUUACUUCUACUUAAAAUGGAUCAAGGCUUUUAUUGAUUAUCUUCUAAGUGGCACAGAAACUCACUGCUUACUGUCUUGCCUGGAUGAAAUUCAAUCCUUUAAUCUGUAGUUUGCUUUCUAAUAUGUCUUCAACUCAACAACAACUAAAUAUAGUUGGUAAAUGCAGACCUGUGGUCUUAAUUAAAAAUAAAUAAAUAAAUCUGGGUCAGUUAUUUUGCCCCUCUCAAACACAUAAAAAGUUUUGUUCUAUUUCAGAACACUGCACAACUGUUUUACAUUUUUAUUUAAUAUUUAACAUUACUAUUGAUAAAGUGAAUUUGUAACUCAACAAUUGUGAUUAGCUGCUUUAAUAAAAGUGGGUUUAUUAGUU